CCAGUUCAGUGUCGAUCGUCCAGUGGAACAGACGGGAAUCGCUAGUAAAGAUUACUACAUCAAAAUAUACAAAAUAAUUCUUAUAAAAUGGGUUUGCGAAAUUCCAAGCAAAAGCAGAGCUAUGAAGUGAAAACUUCUCAACCAGCACCAAAGCCGCAGGUGAACUCUGAACCCACAGCUCCACCCACCAAGUCUGAGCCAGCGGUUGAUGACAGCAAUUUGGUGCCCAAGUGGCUGAAUGAAACGCAAUUUGAGGAACUACUCACCGCCACUGUGGAUCAGUUCGCCAAGAUAGUGGGCUUCCGGGUGAAGCCCGCCAUGGCGCCCGGAGAGAACUAUGCCACACUUAUGCUGAGAAUCCACAUAGAUGUGGAGCUGACCGACAAGAGCACCAAGCUGGUCUCCUUCAUGAUGAAAGUGCCCCACGAUACGCCGCAAAUGGAACAGAUGAUGGCCAUGGCCAACUUCUUUACCAGCGAGAACGCGGCCUACACCGAGAUUCUACCGAAAAUGGAGGAGCUCUACAAGGCCAAGGGUCUGCACAUCAAGUUUGCUCCAAGAGCAUUCAAACUGGACGCCACCAAGGAGCCCAAGCUGGCCAACACGGUGCUGAUGCACGAUCUCGGCCAGAAUGGGUUCAAAAACAUCAAUCGUCUGGAGUGCCUCAACUUGGAGCAAACCAAGUUCGCAUUGACCAGACUGGCUCAGUUCCAUGCAGCAGGAGCGACGAUGGUCCAGGUGCAUGGACCCUAUCCCGAUAUAUUCUUAUACGGCAUGAUGGGCAAUAACAAGGAAGCUAUCAUUGCGUUUAUGGAAGGCAUGUUGGGAUCCUUUAGAACGUCGUUCCUGGCCAACCUGGAUAAGUUCAAGAACGGAGAAGCCUAUCGGGAGAAGCUUGUAAAAGCCCUCGAUGGCCUCACCAUGGAGUUCAUGAAACUUGGUGUCAUUGAUCCCAACGAGUUCAAUGCGCUGAACCAUGGCGAUUGCUGGAUGAAUAAUCUCCUCUUUAAGAUGGACGCCAAGGGGGCUUUGGAGGAUAUGGUCUUUGUCGAUUUCCAGAACCCCAAAUACGGCACUCCCGCCAUGGAUGUGAUCUACCUCAUCAUGACCUCGGUGCAAAUUGAUUACAAGCUGGACUACUUCGACUUCUUCAUCAGGCAUUACCACGAGCAGCUGGUCAAGCACUUGGACAUUUUGGGAUUCACUGGCCACAAGCCCUCGCUAAGGGAAUUGCACCGUACGAUAAUCAAGUACGGUGGUUGGAUGCUAUUCCCAACCAUCUCCGUGUUGCCAGUGGUUCUCUUGGAUCCCACUCAGUCGGCCACAUUUGAUAAUUUUAUGUCGGACUCUGAAGCUGGGGUCGGUUUCAGGAAUGGUUUGUACGCCAACAAGCGCUAUCAAGGAUACAUCGAACGGAUUCUGCCUUGGUUGGAUAAUAGAGGUUUUCUGGAAGCCAGCACGGACCCAAUUCCCAUCGAACUGCUGGCACUACAGACAUCACAGCAGACACCUCAGCAGCCACAGACGGAGAAUACGGAUCAGAUCCUGGACUGGCUGAAUGUUAGCGACUUCAAGGACAUCAUUGCUUCCACGGAACCAAAUUUCGAGAAGAUUUUAAGCGGCACUUCCAAGUCGGCGACGAAGCCUGGCGACAACUUUGCUUCCAAGCUGCUGAAGGUCGAGAUCGAGGCGCAGCUAAAAGACAACAGCGUUAAGACCUUCUCGUACAUCCUGAAAGUGCACACCGCCAAUGACGGGAUCAACUUUUCCGAUUUUAACCUGUUCCCAAAAGAGAUCGAGGUCUACAGCACCUAUGUGCCCGCCUUUGAGGGUCUCUACAAGGAUGUUGGCCUGCCAGUCACAUUUAGUGCCAAGUCCUUUCGACUCACCAAGGAUGUCAGCGAGGAGUAUCUGAUUCUGGAGAACCUGCAGCCGAGCGGCUUUAAGAUGGCCGAUCGCCUGAUUGGAAUGGACUUGGAGCAUACCAAAUGCACGCUGAAGAAGCUGGCACAGUGGCAUGCAGCCUCUCUGAAGUACAAGGAGCUCCAUGGGCCCUAUCCAUCCAGAUACGACACUGGCAUUUUCACGGAACAAACUGCACCUGUUUUUAAGGGUAUAUUCGCUCACACAAAGAAGUCCUUCAUGGAAGAAGUGGCCAAGUUUGACGGCGUGGAUGAGUACCUGCACAAAUUGCCAGAGUUCUUGGAUACUCAUGUGGACAGAGUAAUUGAAGAUGCCAAGAUAGAUGAGCAAGAGUUUAAUGUGCUCAAUCAUGGCGAUGCCUGGAUAAACAACAUUAUGUUCCAACACGACUCAGAUGGUCGUGUAAAGGAAACCUUUCUGCUGGAUCAUCAAGUCACGAAGUACGGAAAUCCUGCCCAGGAUCUGUACUACUUCAUAAUGAGCUCCACUCAACUGGACAUCAAAGUCGAUCAGUUUGACUACCUCAUCCGAUGGUAUCACCAAAACUUGCAGGAGCAUGCUAAGCUGUUGAACUACAACGGAUUUGUUCCCUCUCUUAAGGAACUGCACGCCAUUCUGAUACAGCACUCAAUUUUUGCUGUUGAAACCGUGCUCACCACCUUGUCGAUGUGCCUGAACAAGACAACUGAUGACUUUUCCACGGAAAGCUUUUUGGGAGAUGAUAAGAGUGCCGAAUCGCUAAGGGCAGCCAUUUUCAGUAACGAACGAUAUAGGGCCAACAUAGAGCGAGUUAUGCCUUGGUUAAAUAGGAGAGGACUGCUUGAUUGAUUCGCCACCGGAAAUUCCCAAUAAAUACUCUUAAAAAACUUGUGAGAAUCAGUUCAAUUUCAGUUUAUUUACUAUUUAACAAGCCACUAAAUAAUGUGUGAUCACAAUUCUAA